UAACUGUUACAACUUUUCUUCUUUCUAACAGGUACCUUUAUAUGACCAAAUGGUGAAAUUGAUUUGUACUCUAGUAGAUCAUAAAGAUGAUGUCAACUGCUGUGCCUUCUCCUCUUCCUUCUUGGCUACAUGUUCCUUGGACAAAACUGUCCGAUUAUAUUCUUUAAGCAAUUUUGAAGAGCUUCCUUAUUCACCACUAGAAGGACAUACUUAUGCUGUCCACUGCUGCUGCUUCUCUCCAUUGGGACAUGUUUUGGCUUCAUGUUCUACAGAUGGCAACACCGUUUUGUGGAAUACUCACAAUGGACUAAAAUUGGCUGUGCUAGAGCACCCCUGUAGAAAUCCUGUACGAAUUUGCAGAUUUUCCCCUGAUUCCACCUUUUUGGUUUCAGGAGCGGCAGAUGGAAGUGUCAAUCUUUGGAAGGUCCAGUCCUUGAAAGUAUACCGAUCUGGUAGUGUUAAAGAUGGCUCUUUGGUAGCCUGUGCAUUUUCUCCUAAUGGAAGUUUCUUUGUAACGGGAUCAUCAUGUGGAGAUUUAACUCUUUGGGAUAACAAAAUGAGAUGCUUGUAUAAUGAGAAAGCCCAUGAUCUCGGAGUCACCUGCUGUGACUUUUCUUCCCAGCCACUUUCUGGUAAUAAGGAAGAUGUUCAAUAUUACCAGAUGGCAUCUUCAGGUCAGGACAGCAUGAUUAAGAUAUGGCUCAUGUCAUUUACUGAACACACAGGACUUGAACUGAAAUGUAAGUGCACAUUAAACGGACACACUGCCCCAGUUCUAGCUUGUGCCUUCUCCUGUGAUGGCAAAACUUUAGUCUCUGGGUCAGUCGACAAAACUGUAGUGAUUUUUGAAACUAACACUGGGAACAUCCUACAUACUUUGACUCAGCAUACAAGGUAUGUUACAACGUGUGCCUUUGCACCAGAUAUGCCAUUAUUUGCUACAGGUUCAAUGGAUAAAUGUGUGAAAAUCUGGCAGUUUGAACCAAAGCAGCUUUUCACAGGAAGUGCACUAAUUGAGGAACCAAAGAUAGCUGUUGAUAACUGGUCUGAAGAAGAUGUUUCUGCUUGGCUGUGCAAACAUGGCUUAGAUGAUCUAGUUGAGAUUUUCAAAAAAAACAACAUUGAUGGGAAAGAACUGCUAAGCCUUACGAAAGAAAGCUUAACUGAUGAUUUAAAAAUAGAUUCCCUAGGUCUUCGCAGUAAAGUAUUGCGUAACAUUGAGAAGCUAAGGAAUGAGCUGGGGUCAACUUGUCUUGGUAUACCUGAUGAAUUUCUGUGCCCCAUAACAAGAGAGCUUAUGAAAGAGCCAGUCAUUGCUGCAGAGAUGUUUUCAAUUCUUCUUUCAGAUGGCUAUUCCUAUGAAAAAGAAGCAAUGGAAAGCUGGAUUGUAAAACAAAGGCACUCCAGCCCCAUGACAAAUCUCCAUCUUCAGAGUCUUGUACUUACCCCUAACAGAACUCUUAAAAUGGCUAUCGAUCGUUGGUUAGAAAAUCAUCCAAAAUAUAAUGAAAUCCAUCCUAAGGAAUGACUGGAGUUUGGUUGAGGCUGAAGUGAUCCUGCACGAGAGCUUCCCCUUCGUUGUCGGAGUCAUUGCUCUGCUGGCUCAGCUGAGCACAGGGCUGCUUCUGUUGCUGUGUUCUCUGGAGCUGUUUGCACUCUUCUUCCACUCGACUUAGCAGUCUCUUUAUUUCUUGGUUGCCAGGGCUCAGCUUUAUGGCUUCUCUAAGAUCACUGAGGGCUGCAUGAAAUUGCCUGCAUGGGAGGGGGAAAACAAAAACCAUAAAAAUUGACAUAUUUACUUUUUAACUCGUACACAUAAAAAAGAAUGUUUCAUGCAAGCUUGUUAAUACAGACUGAGUAUUCUUUAUCAAACAUGUUUAGGAAUAGAUUUUGGAAUAUUUACAGAUACAUAGUGAGAUCUUGUGGAGUUCGGACCAAGUCUAAACAUGAAAUGUCAUUUAUGUUUCAUGGACACCUUAUACACAUAACAACCUGAAAGUAAUUUUAUACGUAUUUAUAAUAUAAUAGCCUUAAGCUCACUUCUAUCACUACUUUUAAGGCGCUAUAAGAUAUUAUACAAAAUGAGAUGUCAACACCUACCAUGAAAGAUAGAUGGUAGGAGAAGCAAUCUACCCUCAUCCACUGGAUGGUUGCAUAUAUGUGUAUAAGAAUAUGUAUUCAAUUUAGGUUGUUAGAUAAGAUCAUUUAUGCAAGGUUUUAGAAAUAAAAUAAGAAACAAGGGAGGGUUGUAACUGAAAAUAAUUUUGGACUCCUACCACGUUCAGCUCACAUGUGGGAAAUACCCAAGAGCACAUGGAUCGCUCUUCCUACUAUCAUUUUGGGCUUUCGGAGAUCAAUAUCAGAUUUUUGAAAAGGCUCUGUAAAACAGGCUGACAGCUAGUACAAAGGGAACUGAUGCAAUAUCAUCCCAUUAAUAAUUUUACUGCCUUCUUUUGGAUUAGUCCAUUUUUAAAGACAAAUCUCCAUUUACUCUACUCCAGGGCUGUAUCACAAUGACUGCCCUCUUUCCUUUUGGCCAACUACACCAAUUCUAACUGAACAGAGUGAGAGAAUUACACUAUAUAACACAAUUUGAAAAAAAAAAUCUGUUCCUGGUUGGAAGUGUUAUUUUUGUUCAGCUGUGCAGUACUUACUUUGAAAGUAGUUGCUAUAUUCCAGAAACUUUUUUGUGUGCCUACCACAAACUACGUUGAAUUGGUUGAGAAUCUAUGAAGUACUCAUUGAAAAACUAUCACAAAAUGUGCUGCAGGAUGUCCCACAAAAACAAAGUUUUUGCAGUUUGAUAAACUUUUUCCAUGUGUUUAUGAUAAAACCAAUUAGGAAAUGACAUUUAUAACCUAGGAACAAAAGGUGUGUUACAUCAUGUUAUUGUACACACAGUUCAGUCUUUGUGUGCCAUCUCUAUUUAUACAUGGUAUUUUCCCAAACAAGUGCCCAAACCUGUAUAGUGCACAGAAUUCUUAUAUUUUGUCUAAUUCUCACGCUAAUUAGAGUUUAGAAUCUAGUACAGUCCUGCCCCUUCCUACAAUUGAAAAUUUCAAUAGGAUUCCUUCUAUACUUGCAGACACAAUCCUUGAGCUUCAAUGAGACUGAAAUUUCUAUUAGCAUAAAUGUUACAAACACAGUGAUCAUGAAAUUAAUAAGCUUGGUGGGCAUAGGUUAGGACACAAAUGGAAAACAUGUCCCUGUCUUGUCAAAACACAACAGGAGGUGAUAGCAAAGGGCAUCUAAGCUUACAUGGAGAUGAGAGUGUUUCCUAAUGACUUUUGAGAAGGUUAAGCUAACACUUCCCACUUGAAUAUUUCCAUGAUAAAUUAUUGUUGAAAACUGGGCUGUCAGUACCUGCUGUUCCUCUUGGCUCUUGCUCGAGCAUAAUAUGCUUCAUAGGAUGUGGGUUUGAGAUCCAGGGCUUUCGUAGCAAACUCCUCUGCCAUGCCAAAGUCCUGCCAGAAAAACAAACAUUUCAAAUAUUGACAUAUUUAUUUCAGAAAAUUGCUGCUCACAAUGAAAGGUGAUAUGGAGGAUCGACCCAGCUCUAUACAAAAUGAAGCCUUCACAGCCAAUUUCUGAUUACAUUUCUGCUUCCAUCUCUUUGCUCUUUUCCAAACACAACCAUAACUAAACCCAUCGCCAUCAAUGCGUCUGUCACACUAUUGUUUCACAAGUAAAAGUUUUCCCCUGACAUUAAGCCCAGUCGUGUCCGACUCUGGGGGUUGGCGCUCAUUUCCAUUUUUAAGCCGAAGAGCCAGUGUUGUCCGUAGACACCUCCUAGGUCAUGUGGCCAACAUGACUACAUGGAGUGCCGUUACCUUCCCACUGAAGUGGUACCUCUUGAUCUACUAACAUUUGCAUGUUUUUGAAUUGCUAGGUUGGCAGAAGCUGUGGCUAACAGCAGGAGCUCACCCCACUCUCCAGAUAUGAAUUGCCGACCUUUUGGUCAGCAAGUUCAGCAGCUCAGCGGUUUAACUUGAUGCGCCACCGGGAGCUCCUGGUACUGUUUAACAAGGCACAUUAAAAUAACCCAAGGGAUUUUCAGAGGGUGGUGAAUUUUCUCAGAGGAUGGUGGACUCUCCUUUGGAAAUCUUUAAACAGAGAUUGGAAGACUAUCUUUUGGUAGUGCUUUAGCUGUGCAUUCCUUAGGGUCCCUUCCUAUGAUUCUAUGCUGUGGAUUAACAUUUCUUCACACUUGCUUAAGUCAUAUGAUCGUGACUAUACUUCUUAGUAGGUGACAACAACCAACCCAGGACCCAUGAGAUCAUUGUCAUCUGCUCGUACAAUGGAGAAACAACUUGGGAACACUUACAUUUGUUUUUCUGCGGCAUCUUGACAGGCUUAGAUAUAAGGAAACUCUGAGCUCAUUAAAAGCCUUCAUUUCUUCCCCGAAACUCUCUCGAGGAAACUUCCGUAAAGCAUACUGAUACCGCUGGGCUGCUUCCUUCAUCUUCCCUUUCUGGAAGGUCAAAAGCACGGAAAUUUAACAGCUUGCUUUGUAAAUGCUGCUUCUUUCUUAAAGUAAAUUGACAUAUUAAGAGUUGCCAAACAUAUCAGAUUUUAAUUUUUUUUAAAAAGCAGUAACACUUAUUUCAACAAGUCACUAAGAAAAUAUUUAUGUUCCCUCUACAGUUUGAAUGCAAGGAGGUUUUUUAUAACAUAUAUACACAGGACAGCAUAGUGUUUGGAACUGGAACUUGGUGUGAAAUGUACAUUUUGUGGAUUAUAUUGUAGCAAAUUGUGAAUAAGUAAAGAUCUGUUGUUGUUGUUGUGA